AUGAAGCUUUUCGCAGGAUUUGCGCUUUUCUCAGCAGUCACCGCCGGACGCCGAUUCCGCCGGGAAGAAGCAGAGACAGAAACAGAGACUGAUAAGACUCAUUUUCGAACUCUGAUUUUCGAAGAGCGAGGAACUUACUACCAAGCCCCUGCUUACCAACCAGCUUACCAAUCUGAUGGUGGAUAUACAAACGUCCACGAUAACCAUGCUGACCCUUCGUACACCGCUACUGCCUUUGUACCUGCUGGUUUGAACACUCACUAUUCCGAGCAAGUCCAUCACAUGCAAACUGCUGGCGGCUAUCAACAGGCAAAUGGCUACUCCGACAAUGGCAGCGUUGCCAAUGGAGAGACCUUCGGUGACGUCGGUGAGGUAAACAUCCACACUGCCGGCUCGACCUACAAAGAAGGCACAUCAGCUUACAACGGACAAGCUCUUGACGUCCAGGCAGCCUCAGUCGUCUCCAACCCGCUCGAUCACAUGGUCGAUCAAGCGAACCCUGCCUACUCCAACAAUGGCUACGGCAACGGCUACAACAACGGAUACAACUCCAGCCCCGGAUACUCCUCAGGCUACAAUUCUGGCUACAACGCACCUGAGCCAUAUUCCGAGCCUACUUACGGCGGAUACGAACAAGAGCGAGGAAAAGGUGACUCAAAGAAAAAGGGAGGAAAACCAUCGAAGAAGGACAAGAAGGCCGACAAGAGACGCGAAAAAGAAAACAAGAAGAACAAAAAGAAGGCCGACAAGGAAAACAAGAAAAAUAAAAAGCGACAGGAAAAGGAAGGCAAGAAAAAUAAGCGGGAAGGCAAAAAAGCUGAUAAAGAAAACAAGAAGAACCACAAGAAAGCAGCCAAGAAAGCGAAGAAGAAUUCCAAGCAAAUCGCCCGAAGCAUGGGAAUGCGCCCAGGAACUUUCAACCGAGAAGCAUUCCUCGCUGCCCAGGGUUAA